UCGAUGUAACACCUGCUCUGAGGACUGAGAUUCCCUACCCUUUGUCCAUGGUGGAAAAGAACAGUUAGUACGGACUGCUCCUGACUUUAAUAUAUUUAUAAAUAAAAGCCGUCUUAACUCAAGUUAAAAUUAUUUAGCUGUAAUUCAGUAAAAGUGAGAAAUAUUUUAAACAAAUAUCUAACACCUGUAAACUCGGAACACUGCUACCACGAACGAUGCAACGCCGGAACAGAAAAGACGUCGGACAAAGCCUUUAUACAUGCUAAAAGGAAGUAACCGAAAGAGCCCUUUUUAUUCAGUAAUGUCUGGUUUUCGUUAAACUAAGUGUUAGAUCAACUGCGAUAUGGAAGAUAUUUCUCAGGAACGUUCUUUAGGCGCGCCUUUUUCUCUCUCCGCUCUGCGUCUCCUGGUGCCACCACUACGGCUGGCCUCUGCAGCGACCUGGCAGACCGUCCAGCAGAAGGUGGUGGCUGACUACGGCAUUCUGGAGGAAUUUGUUUCUAUGGUUACCGACAUGAUUCCAGAGCUCCUUACCAGUCGGCAGAGGGUCCAGCUCACACUGGGUCUGAGAGCACGGUUGAUCUUGGAUUUAUGUCAGCGGGAAGCUGCUCCUGACUGCAAGCUUGUUGAACUGCAUUUGAACAGGAUGGAAAUGCUCAUCAGAUCAUGGCUUGAAGAGGCCGAUGGUCCAAAUUCAGAGGUGUCCCACUUGGACUUUGUGGCUCUGGUUAAGAAGCUACUGGGAAGCCCUGAUGAGAGAGAACUCUUCUUUCAGCGGGAUUUCCGUGAAGAUUUUGGUGCAAAAUAUGACAAAGCUGUCGAUGACCUGAUGUGGUUGUUUUUGUCUAGACUUGAAAACAUCCUUCCUAUUCAAACUUUCCAUCAGGUCGCAUCUGUGUUUGGGGAGGUUUCAUGCGUCUUGGCAGAAUACGUGCAGUCUGUGUCUCAGUGUGACGAGCUUAAAAACCUUCUUCAACAUCACAAAGACCUCCGUCAGCUGGAUCACAAAGAUAUUUCUCUUGAUGGUUCCUGCAUCAUCUCUGCCCUCAAACUUCCUUCUCUAAAGUCAAGCAAGACAUCUGAAAGUCAAACAGAAGUCAAUAUUUUGGGCUGUGUCCCAUCAUGCUCAUCACCUAUGGAAGAAGACUCUUCACCAUUGCUUGAAGUAUCCCAGAUAAAAUCUCAUUCUGCUUCAGGACCUUUAACUGUUGACGUGACUAAUUUGGAGAAUGGAACACAGCUUUCCAAGAAUGAAAAUCAAACUGAGAAAAAUGUGGGUGACGUCUUUGAAGGUCAAGAGAAGGCUGCGUCUCGCGUCGCGAAGAAGCGUAAAGUUCCUGGGAAAAAACUUGAGAAACCAGCGUUCACAGUUUCUCGACCUGUGAGGGCUAACAGGGGAAUGUUGAUGAAGAAAAUUCUUGAGAAGGAGAAAAAGGAGCUACGGGAUAAAACCCCACCAGCCAAAAACCCUGCUUCCAGGAAAACCAGACAAUCCAGCAAGACUCCCGCUUCAGUGACUAAUAAGGAAGAGUCUGCUCGCUCCAGCAAAUUGUCUUCGCAUAAGCCUCCUGCAGCCACAUGCAGUGAGGAUGACUCCUGGUCUUACUACUCGGAGAAGUCUUGCCAAGACGAUCUCAGUAAUGCAGAUUCCUGGUCUUACUACUCAGAUGACAAUGGUUCAUUUGCAACACCUGCCAGCAGUCCCGCUGAAAGUGAUUCAUUUUCCAGCUGCUCUAAUGCGGACACUCCUGAAAAUAAGUUCACUCCGUCCCCAAAAGCAAAACGGUCCAAUACGAAAGCCAGCACACCAAAAAAGACUCGGAAUUUCUUGUGUUUUAUUUGCAAAGAGCAGGUGAGCAAAAAGCUGCGAGCUCACAUAAAAAGCCACUUUCCCAACAAAGACUACGCCUGCCCCCAGUGUGGCACCAAGUAUAAACUCCUCUCUUCGCUUGAGAGACACUUGAAAAAGACCUGCUUCGAGUACCACCUCAAGAACGUAGAUCCCACCAAGCCGGAGGAAACCCAGAACCUCUCCAAGUGCGACAAAUGCGGAGAUGCAUUUCAGUACAAGAUUUCCUUACAAAAGCACCUGCUCACACACCAUGAGCUGUACUGCAGCGUGUGCCGGACGGUGCUGCGAGACGCGGAAACGUUGGCCCGCCACAAAACCGCACACACGCCGUUUCAGUGCACCCGAUGUGACCAGACCUUCACCGUUUUUAAGCACUUGGUUAGGCAUUUCGAAAACACCCACGGAAUUAGCAAACCCUUCAAAUGCAAUCACUGUCCAAAGAUUUCACCCAAGCUCAAUGCUUUAAUCAGACACGAAUGGCAGCACACAGGUCAUCUGCCCUUUCAGUGUGGUCAGUGCAGUUUAAAGUUCAAGUCAUUCUCAUAUCUUUUGUCCCAUGAAAAGGUGCACAAAGGGGAGAAACCCUGCCUGUGCUCGGAAUGUGGAAAGACUUUUGCCCACAGAUCCAACCUGUACCGCCACAUUAGACUCAUCCACAGUGCUUCUAGAAAUGAGAAGAAUUAUUCUUGUUCCCAGUGCGAGAAGAUCUUUAAAGAAAAGGCCGCCCUAAUAAGACAUCAGAGGACCAAGCACCUCCAGCAACUGUUCCGCAGGGAGUGCCCCUACUGUAGUAAGAUGGUCGCUCCGUCAACAUUGGCAAGGCAUAAAAUGAUGCACAUGGGACAGAGCCCCUUCAAAUGCACCACCCCUGAUUGCGAGAGUGCCUACAGAACUGCUUCAGAGCUGAAGAGACACGUGCUUUUACACCACACCACUGAGCGACCUCACAAAUGUGACGUCUGUGGAAAGGGCUUUGUACGACUCGGCGAUCUCAACCUGCACGCAAAAAUCCACACUAAAGAAAGACCGUUUGUUUGCCACAUCUGCGGAAAGGCUUUCCUCAAGUCCUACAGCAUGUUUAGACAUAAAAGGCUUCUACACUCAUCUGUGCCAGAUUAGAGUAAAAUUGUAGAAACGCUUAAAUGAAAGCAGUGAAAAUGUCAUGAAGCAAAUGCAAAUGUUAAGAAAAUGUGUGUACCCAACAACAGGUGUACCGUUGUCAGAUGGAUCAUAAUGUUUUGGAGAUGAACCUUUUGUAGUACUACAUACGAGGCUCUGGAGUAAUUAGUACUGGACCAAUGACUGGCAAUAUUUUGUUACACAAACUGGUGUUAGAUGGUGAAACUCCUUUUUGGCAGGUUGAUGAGGAUUGGAACUGAUUCUGCUCUCUAAGGAGAUUCCAAUUGGUAUUGAAAUUUCUUGACACUCCUUUGCUGAGAAAUAAUCAAUAAUUGUACAAGAAAUUGUCAGUGGUAUGUCAAUUUUGACUUCCUGCUUGGCUGAUAUAUGAAAGAGGAUUGGUACAAACAUCUUACAAAUGUCACCUUUGGUUUAAGGUCUGUAACAAUUUCUAGCAAAGGGGUUUGAACUUCAUUCUUAAGGGUGAAAUGCCAUUUAAAAAGAGACCCUUUACCGUAUUUUCUGACAUUAGCCAAUUGAGCCAAAGAUUUUCUGCUUUUAGGAUUACCCAAGUUAUCUGGCCAUGCGAUUGACAUAGGGAGAGGUGUGGAUGUGUUUUGAGGGACACCUUAAAUCGAUGUCAGACAAAUUGUGCGCACCCAGUCAUUUGGGUUCUUUUUUCUAAAGCAAAAUAUCUUGAUCAGUAUUGUAUUUGUGACCAUUAGAACAGAAUAUAUAUUUUCAUUUCAGUGUAAUUACAAAAUGCACCCAAGAAUGUAAUAUAUGCAAUCUCAAACAUAAAAUUGGAAUUUUUUGGCCAAAAAGUCAGAUUUGCUUUGAAGACAUGUUCUCCAUGGAAAUAUUAUGAUGUUACUUUUGUAUUAAUGCUACAUUUUUAAAUUGUGGCCCAAAACUUUUAAGAUUCCAUUUCAUUGUUUUUUCUCCUGGUUUUGGAUGGUUGUGAGACUGAAAAGAAUUUCUGUCUUGAGUUAAAUGUGCUGUGUUAAAAAAUAAAACUUCAGUGUGAAUUCAAGAAAAUGUUAAGAGGGAAUACAAUCAAAGAAGUGAAUACAUGUUGGUUUAUGCAUAUGCAUCUUUUUAUUUGUUUUUAUUUGAUUUUUGUAGCUUAUUUUUCUCAGUUCAGUUGUGUAUAUUUCACAUAUGUUUUAAAAGUCUUGAAAUAGUAUGAACAUAUUUUUUA